GCCCCCAGCGGCCGAGGAAAGAGGCAGCGGCCACCCCGCUGCCCUCGAGUCCUCGCCCGCGCCCUCCUGACGGGACGCCUAAGAAGAAGGGAGGCCUGGAGGGAACAUGCCCCUGCCCUGGGGCCUCACGCUCCCGCUGCUGCUCCCCUGGGUGACAGGUGGAUUAGGGAACGCGGCCAGUCCAAGGGAUCUUGGGUUGUUGACGUCAGCCCGCCAGCCUGGGGUCUGUCACUAUGGAACCAUCCUGGCCUGCUGCUACGGCUGGAGAAAGAACAGCAAGGGAGUCUGUGAAGCUACAUGCAAACCUGGAUGCAAGUUUGGUGAAUGCGUGGGACCAAACAAAUGCAGAUGCUUUCCAGGAUACACUGGGAAAAUGUGCAGUCAAGACGUGAAUGAGUGUGGAGCGAAGCCCCGGCCGUGCCAACACAGAUGCGUGAACACCCACGGCAGCUUCAAGUGCUUUUGUCUCAGUGGCCACAUGCUCAUGCCAGAUGCCACAUGUGCCGACGCUAGGACAUGUGCCAUGACAAACUGCCAGUACAGCUGUGAAGACACAGAGGAAGGGCCACGGUGUCUGUGUCCAUCCCCGGGACUCCAUUUGGCUCCAAAUGGGAGACUCUGUCUAGAUAUUGACGAAUGCAUCUCUGGUAAAGCUGUGUGUCCCUAUAAUCGAAGAUGUGUGAACACAUUUGGAAGUUACUACUGCAAAUGUCACGUUGGUUUUGAACUGCAAUAUAUCAGUGGCCGAUAUGACUGUGUAGAUAUAAAUGAAUGUGCUGUGAAUACCCAUAUGUGCAGCCUCCACGCCAAUUGCCUCAAUACCCAAGGAUCCUUCAAGUGUAAAUGUAAGCAGGGAUAUAAAGGCCCCGGGCUGCAGUGUUCUGCCAUUCCUGAAAAUUCUGUAAAGGAAGUCCUCAGAGCACCUGGUACCAUCAAAGACAGACUCAAGAAGUUGCUUGCUCACAAAAACAGCAUUAAAAAGAAGGUAAAAAUGAAAAAUGUCACCCCAGAACCUGCUGGGACUCCCACCCCUGAGGUUAACUUGCAGCCCUUCAACUAUGAAGAGAACGUUUCCCGAGAGGAGAAUUCUCCUGGGGAGAAGGGGAACGAGGAGCGAAUGAAAGAGGAGCAGCGGCGAAGCCUUCGGGGGGAUGUGUUCUCCCCUAAGGUGAAUGAAGCCAGGGAACUGGGUCUGGUUUUGGUCCAAGGAAAAGCACCACCUUCCACACUGGAACACAGAGAUUUAAAUAUCUCAGUUGACUGCAGCUUUGAUCAUGGGAUCUGUGACUGGAAACAGGAUAGAGAAGAUGAUUUUGACUGGACUCCUGCUGAUCGAGUUAAUGCUGUUGGCUAUUAUAUGGCAGUUCCAGCCUGGGUAGGUCACAAGAAAGACCUUGGCGGACUGAAACUUCUCCUCCCUGACCUGCAGCCCCAAAGCAACUUCUGUUUGCUCUUUGAUUACCGGCUGGCUGGAGACAAGGUUGGCAAACUUCGAGUGUUUCUGAAAAACAGUAACGAUGCCCUGGCAUGGGAGGAGACAAGAAGUGAGGAUGAAAGAUGGAAGACAGGGAAAAUUCAGUUGUAUCAAGGAACUGAUACUAUCAAAAGUAUCAUUUUUGAAGCUGAACGUGGCAAGGGCCAAACCGGAGAAAUUGCAGUGGACGGAGUCUUCCUUGUUUCGGGCUUAUGUCCAGAUGGCCUUUUAUCUAUGGACAAUUGAAUGUUAUUAUCUUUACAUUUGGCUUUUUAUGUCAGUUCCUUGUUUUUUGAUAUUGCAUCAUAGGAGCCCCCCUUCCAUUUUAGAAAUACAAGCUGAAAAUUGUACCAGCAGAAAUAUUAUUGUAAGAUGCCUUUCUUUUAUCAGUUCAUCUUUCUUCCCCAGUAUAUCUGAUUUGUCUGCAUGAAUUGAUGAACUUCUCUAUGUAAGUAACAUUUCUAGAAUAACAAAAACAAGCACAGAAAAACAUUUAACUGUGUGACUUCUAUGACCAUUCUUGGAAGCUAUAACAUCAAAGAUAGACUUUCACUUAAGUGCCUUAGCCUGAUGUGUCAUAGCUAAGCUUGUGUAUUUAAAUUCUUUGUAAUAAUAAUAUCCAAAUAAUUGCUAAUUGCCUUGUGUUCUGGUUUAAUUCCUAAGUAAGAAAAUAUGUUUACAUCUGUGUACGAUACUAUGUUUACUUCUGUGUAGGAUUAUUUCUUUUUCUGAAAAAUGUAGUUUUUAUCCUUUUCUCUGUGAAAAUACUUCACAUUCUUAUAAAUUCUUAAAAGUACUUUCUAUUAUGGGGCCUUGUAGCUGGAACACAGAUGAGCACAUUGUUAAACUCAAGGCCUCAAAGAACUACUUAAAACCAAAUUACCAGGUGAAGGACUCAGAGAAAGACUGAUGCCUUAUAUUCGAUGUAUCCUUUUUUUUCAAAUUCAAAAAGACCUUUGUAUGGGAAUCCUGAGUGUAUUCCUGGGGGUAAAAUUAUAUUCUGCUUAAGAUUCUGAGUCAGAAACAGGUCCAAGACAACUCCUAAACAGAAGGUUACCCAGAUAUUUGCUCCUUAAAGUAAUCAGGUAUUGAGCCGUGGGAGGAUGGAAAGAGAGAAGGUGGUCCUCUUACUAACAUUUGAAAUUGAUAGCCUCAUUCUUGAGGGGAUGUUUUAAAUGUCAAAACCCAUAUAAUCCUUCUUCAACAAUGUUCUCUUUAAUAAAACUAGUAUCUACAAUAUUUUAAGAUGGGAGGGCCACAUUGUUUUCCUCUAGUGUGAGAGAAUUUUGGCAGACAAAGUCUAUACAGGACUGUAAAUGUAUCUGUUUGGAAAACUGCUAGUUAUAGAAAUCACCCAAAUAGUGUUCCUGGUGACACCAAAUGAAGAAAUGC